CCGAGUGGAUCCCUCUAACAUAACCUCAAUCGUUUCGCUCGGCUUUCAUUACUGACUCGCGUGUCCUCGCGAUUGUGUGCGUUUUUUCGCCGAAGGAUUUUCAAUGAUCUGUGGACGUGUGAUAAAGUCGAAGUUUUUCACGUGAAUUUUUGGGAAGAUAAGGUUUCUCGAUUGCUGUCGCAAAAACGGACUGUUUCCGCGUUAACAUUUUUUCCCCGAUUGUUUACGAAGUAGUGUCGUUUCCGUAAUCCACGCGCAUUUGCAUUCAUUGGGUGUUCAUUGAGCCGGAAUCUGGUUUUGUUCACAACUGUUGGAGCUGUAUUUAGUAAAGUGCGGACGUAUUGGCGGGUCUUGAACAGUCAGUCAACUGUAGUUUUUUCCUAACCUUGCACAACCCUUGUUUUUCACCCACCCCGGAUUGUGUUGUGCGUCGAUACCGUGGUCUAUAUCGCCGUCUUUUAAGACAUUAAUGUCAUUGCCGUAAUUACCAUUGUUCAUUAUUUCGUUACUUUGGGUCAACAUUGUGGAGACCUCCGUCAAUUACCUCUCGUGAAUCAAAUAAUUUUCUCUUACUCUCUGAACGAGUCAUCAAGUUUCUAGGAACCGAUCACAUUCGUCUCAGUGUGCAACUUCACCCUUGUACUUUGGAACUCUUCACAAAUCAGGAUUCUCAACGUCUGUAAAGAGUACUGCCCUCCUCCAAGUGACUCUCGACUUGUCUGAGGAUUCACCGUCUGGCACCGCGCGACUCUUCACUUCUUGCACCUUGUGACUGUCCACGUCCCUGAAGAGUACUGUCUUGCAUCCUGUGACUGUCCACGUCCCUAAGAAGUGCCGUCUUGCACAUUGCGACUGUCCACGUCUAAUCGGAGUACUGCACAGCACCUUGUGUCUCUGCAGAUCCCUCGAGAGUAGCUUCGGGCGCGUUUGAGCCUCGCGAUGGAGCGUGGGUGCUGAUCAGGGUGGCGCGGGAUGCGCUUCUGAGCCGGGCACCUCCCCGCAUCACGACGGCGGCGCUAGAGCAGCAGAGCGAGGACUCGCAAAGCUCCUCGCAGUCCUCCCGCUCGACGAUGCUGACGCCGAUGCUGUUCCUGGACCAGCACAACCCGCCGCUGGCGGCCCUCCACUCCAUGACGGAGAUGAAGACCUCGCCCAACGGCGGGAACCCCCACGGGAUCGACCACAUCCUGGCCAGGCCGGCCGGGCUCUCCUACCGGCCCUUCAAUUCCGUGGCCGGUGUCGCUGCCGCCGCCGCCAGCUACUUCCAGCAAAACGGCGCCAAGCCCCACGGCCUCGUCGAUUUCUCCACCAGGAGCCCCAUCUACUGGCCCGGACUUCAGGGACUCGUCAAUAACCCCAUGGCCUGGCGCGAUAGACUUGCUAGUUUGAGUUCAAAUAACGAUAAGGAUGGCAAGAAAAAGCACACUCGACCCACUUUUAGCGGCCAACAAAUUUUCGCCCUGGAAAAAACGUUUGAGCAAACUAAAUACCUAGCUGGACCCGAAAGAGCCAAAUUAGCGUAUGCAUUAGGAAUGUCAGAAUCACAAGUUAAGGUGUGGUUUCAGAAUCGGCGGACGAAAUGGCGGAAGAAGCACGCGGCGGAAAUGGCGACAGCGAAACGGAAGCAGGAGGAGGCGGAGGAGAGCGACGAGGACGGGGAGCUCCGGAGCUCGGGCGCCUCCGCGGGGAAGAAGUUCCGCCGGGAGCUGGGCGCCCACUGCGGGACCCCGCUCAUGUAGCAAUCAGCCUGGCCCGACUGCGACCAGCCCGUCACCGACGCCCAAGACCCCAAGGCCCACAAGUUCGAGUGAAUCCGUGUCAACCGAUCUACAAUGAGACGCCAACUUUUCUCUGCCGCGAGAUAGUGUCACCUGAAAAAGUCUAGUUUUAAAAAAACCCCACUCACCUUCUUGGCUGAGCAUAGAGUCCCUUUAUACUGAGAGUCAAGACAAUUUGAAUCCAUUUCUCAUUGGUUCCCGUAUUUUAGGCCUUCACAGUGUCACAAACGGGAA